CAAUUUUCAGAUAAUAAUAGUGUGCGUCAGACGGCACACGACGUCAAACACGUCAAACAUAACGAACAACAGAAGAAACAAGGAAAGAAGAGUUUCGGCUCGAUGGAGGAGCACCAUCGACGGCUCCAUGUCAAGGCGGAGCGUGCGUCGGUGAUAGGAGGAGACAUUGUCGACGGAGCAUUCGGCAGUUGGGCUCUUCGAGCAGCACGUAGUGAGCAUCAACUUAAGCAGCAGAGUAACGAAGAUUUAGCUCAGAAUGCUCGAAUCUCGGCAUUGCUCGGUGAGAUGCGUCCAAGAAUGUCAGCGAUGCCACCAAAUGGACAUCAACAGCAAUAUCAGCCACAGUUGAGAAGAAAAGCAAAUACGACAAAUAUUGUGGAUGUAUCAUCACAAGUUCCAUCAGCACGAAAUGCAAUUUACGGGUCUUGGCAAGAUCGUCAUCGUCCAACGCGUCUGUAUGGAAGUCAACUUGUUUCGUCUUCUUCAACUCUUCCCAAAUAUGAUCAAUUGUAUUGCAAUACAGCGUCACCAUUAACUGGAAACGGAUCAACCAAUACAAUUGCCACAACUGGAAUUCGCAGAGAACCACCUGAAUAUGGAAAUGUUGGUCGCUCGGUGUCAACUUGGCAAGUUACAAACUCGGAACAUCGUCCAUCAUUGCAAGCAGGAUGGUUGAAAAGUUCACGUCCAUUAGCUCGCGGAGCACUCUCACCGGCUGCAUAUUUCCGUGAUUUGGAGAAUAGACAUGGAAGUGGAGCGAGCUCUCCGAUCGUUGGAGGAUUAUCAGUUGUGGCGGUACCGAUUACCCAGCGUCAUGCUCCAACUGCUGGACUUGCACCUAUUAGUGAUGAUAUAUCCACUUCCAAAGUAUCAUUGGAUACGGAGAAUCAACAAUUGAAUAAUGAAGACUCUGAUAAAAUAUCUGGAAGUGCUUUAUCCCGUAACACGCCUAGACAAGCAAGUUUUAUGGCUGCAAUGCAGAGGCAUCCAUUGAAAGAAAGUACGUCAAUUGAAAGCAAUGGUGGCGGAACAAAUACUGAAGAAGAUCAAACAGUCUCUGCCACGUCAAAAGAGGAUCCUUCCGAGGAUACAGGCCAUGAUGAUCCAGAAGAAACGCAAGAAAUAAGCGAGACACCAAUAAGGAGGAGUAGAAACCGAAAUGCUUCGUUGAGAAACCGACAAUCUAGUCGCAGCUUAGGUGGACUCGAUUUCGAAAAGCUGCGAAUGGGAACUGCACGAGUUGGAGAUUCCAAUGAAGCGACUGCUGAGAAUGGCACAUCGUCCUCGUCUUCCCGCAAAAAUUCCCGUGACGACGGAUUGACGUCUUCUCCAACUACAGUAGCUGGUCCUGUGUUCACAACUUCUUCAACAUCCUCUAUUUCUACUUCCGGUGAAGCAUCCUCUACGGCGGUGGCGGCAGCAGCAGCAGGAUCAGUGGCAGCGACCACGUCGAGACAGACGUCGUCGAAUUCGUCAGUAGAUUCGAAUCAUAAUGAAGCAAUGAAGAUGAUACGUCGCGCCAGACCCAAAUCAUACGUACUGGCGACGUCGGCAUCAAUGAACGAAGAUGUUCUUUCUUCCUCAAUUAUAGCAAAUGAACAAUCGUCUUCCAUUUCACACGACACUACCACAUCGGGUCGCGAGUUGCCAUCCUCAUUGAUGGGAUCCACUAUUUCCAUGGAAAUGAGAAGUGGCGGAGCAUCCUCAGCAACAACAACUACUACUUCAAAUUCAGGACAACAAACGUCUAGAAGUCUGAAUGCUCCACAUCCACCGGCAACUCAUCGCCUUCAACGAUUUAUUGCGUUGUUCAAUUCAAGUAAAACAUCCGAUGGUUCCGGUGAGCACAAGAAAUCGAGAAUGAAGCGAUCACGAACAUCACUUCCAGCGAGUCGAUUCGCACUUCCCGGUACAAUUCUUCAACGAGACGGAGUCGCUCGUCAGACAUGGGUUAAGCAUCAGGAAAUUGCACUCGGAAAAUCAGGAAAACGAAAUAAUUGGGAAGAUCGAUGGGCGGUUUUGUGCAGGCGAAGCCUAUAUCUUUGUGUCGAAUCACCUGCUUAUACAACAGAAAAAACAAUCGAGCUCGGUAGUCACACUCGAGUAGAUGUAUGUAAUGCAAUCGUCGAUAUCGCAUAUGACUGGCUAUCAUCGUCUUUUUCGAAGCAACGCCAUGUCGUUCGAAUUGUCACACAAAACAGAAGUGAGCAUCUGAUCGAAUUGAAUACCGAAUCAGAAAUGCUUUCGUGGAUCUCGGUACUCCAGUCGAGCUCAGAAGAUGGAAUAGCAACUGGAAGCAGUGUUGAUGAGAAUGAAUUGUCUACAACUGGCAGGCAUAACAACAAUGCCGUUUCUAACAGUUCGGCGUUACUUCACAAUUCACAAUCGAUCGCAUCGUUGGCUUCGUCGUCAUGCUCGACAGCUACGACAUCUGAAUUUCUGAAUUCACAGCAUACACUACAACAACAACAGCAACAACAAACCAAUCAAAAACAUCAGCAAACAGUCAAUGAAUUAAGCGCUGGAAUUGUUUCACAUCUGCCGACGUCGAAGAGUUUUGGAGGGCUGUCCACGACUGCUUCGUCGACGACAGAAAACGCCAAGAAUCGUCUGAUUAUGCAUCGAUAUAUCGCGAAAAACUCCCAACUACAGUCCCCAACGGCUAAUAAGAAAAUGGAAACAGAUCCGUCUACAGUACCUUCUUCAAGCCAAACAAUGGCAACAACUUCAUCAUCAUUCCAUCAUCACUCAUCACAAGCUGGUCCAAGUCGAGAUAUUGAGAAUGGGGAAGCUCCGACGGCAACAGCAACAACGCCCAAAUCAGGAAGGAAAUGGAAAAAAUCGAAAGCGGCGAAGCAAGGAAGUGGUGGAGGAAGUAGUGGAAGUUCAUCUGGAAGUCAGCAACAGGGAGCCGCUGGUGCUCCACAGCCUGUUCUUGGUGUUCGAAUAGCAGAUUGUCCGACGGGAAGUUGUGAAGAUCAUGUUCCAAUGAUUGUUCAAGCAUGUGUAUGUGUCAUUGAAACAUAUGGAAUGGAUACAGUGGGUAUUUAUCGUAUUCCGGGUAAUACUGCAGCAGUCAACGCACUCAAAGAAUCAUUAUCUAAUCGAGGAUUCGAUAGUGUAGAUUUAUCAAAAGUUGAAUCACUAGAUCCACGUUGGAGAGAUGUUAAUGUUGUUUCAUCGCUUUUAAAAAUGUUCCUACGGAAAUUACCUGAACCGCUGCUUACUGAUAAGCUUUACCCAUUUUUCAUCGAUGCGAAUCGUAUUUCAACACAUCACAAUCGUCUUCAUAAACUGAGAAACUUGCUUCGAAAGCUUCCACGUCCUCAUUACGAUACUCUUCGAUUCUUGAUUGUGCAUCUUUCUGAAAUCACCAAGCACAGCGAUGUCAAUAAAAUGGAAUGUCGAAACUUGGCACUGAUGUUUGGACCUUCAAUCGUCAGACCGUCAGAUGAUAAUAUGGCAACAAUGGUUACACAUAUGAGUGAUCAGUGUAAAAUCAUUGAAACUUUGAUUCAUUACAAUCUAUGGAUGUUCGAUGAAAGCUCGACAACAGAAGACGCUGUACCCGAACAACAUCCUGCAGAUGGGCAAAAUCCACUGGAACCAGGUGGUUAUGGUGUAGGAGUACCAACAGGAGUAUCUGCUGCAUCGUUCAAUGAUAUGCAUAAUUUAAUACGUAAAGCCAAUGAAGAUCAGGCAGCAGCAAUGAUGAAUGAGGGUAAAGGACAAAAAAUCAAAAAUAUGCUCCGAAGGAAUUCACGACGGGACAAAUCGAAAUCGAAGUUAAAGAUUGAAUCGACUGCUCCAGCAGCUGUAAAUCCACGUGGAUGGACACAACCAACACCUUCCAAUACAUCAGCUGCCAGUGUCGAGAGUGCAUUUUGUGGAAACUAUCAAGAAAGAGAUAUUGAUGCUGAAAUCGAAUCUAGACAGACUGUAUCACCACAAAUGACGUCUGGUUCAGCUGAUGGAGCAUCUUCAACUCGAUUGGAUCAGAGUCCUUCACUCGAAAGCUCUCUUGGAAGCCUUCCAGAUACAUCUAGAACUGAGCCUAUUCUUGGAUCAUCCGGAUAUGAUGACGAUGAAGCCAAAGAAGCUGCACGACGGAAACGACAAGAGGAAAUGUACUCAGCUCGACGAAUCUUCAUUGCCGGUGCAGCUGGAGCCGCGGCAGCAGCAACCACGACCGCUGAUGCUGAGAAAGCUGCAAUUGAUGCACUUGCUAAUCAUUCACAACAUCUACAUUUGGCAAGUAGUCCUGCUUUUGAAGUGCUCAGCGAGGAGACGAGAGAAAAAAUCCGAAGAAUGCAGAAAAAGCAAAGUUGGCACGACACAAAAGAGCUGAGAAGUGGCGAAUUAUUGAAAACAUAUUCUCCAACCAAAGAUCUCACCGAUGCUCUGUCAUGUACUUCUGAUUAUUCGACGACAAGUUCUGCUCCACUUAGUACAAAUCCACCAUUGGCUGUUGCUUGUGCUGAUCAACCUAACUCAAGCUCCGACUAUGCUUCUAGUGAUCCCUCACCUUGUGCCAGAAAUCCAUCCACCUCUCCUGCUUCCCGUCCCUCGAAUCUUGCAAUUUCUCCAGCUCAACUCCAUGCCACUUCAUCAUCCGGACAGUCACAUCAACCAAUGAGCAGAAGUCAAAAGAUUCGAUUAAGAACUAAACUCGGUUCCCGUGAUCCUGCCAGACGACACACGUUAAGCGAUGUUGAUACUUUGAAGUUUUCCAGGAAGGCCGCCUUGACAAGCUUGCGCGCUGGUUCGGAAUCAGGAAAUCUAGCCCAGACGUGAGCCGUGAUGAGGUGUCAGACGAUGAAAAGAACCAUCAAGAAGCGCCUCCUCUACCUGCUGCAGCACCACCAGUUAUUGUUCGAACUUCACCAAACGAGUUGACACCGGUGUCUGGCGAUGAACUGCUUUAAUCGUUUUUCUCUUGAUUCUUUCCUUCCCCACCUUAAAACAUGUCUCUUCAUCUUUCUCUCACACACUUAUGAUCUACGGGUUCCCAUCAUCCCCCAAUUAUAUUCACAAAACUUUUCAGAGCUGUCUCUGAAAGUCACCACCUCUUACGAACUUGUGAUUUCUUCGGUUUCUUUGAAAUUUAAAGAAUUCCCCUUUUUUUGUUUCUAGUGAGAUCUCCUUCAGAAAAAUCUUAAACAUAUAUUUUUCUAUUAUUGUUAAUCCUUUCCAUUUCCAUGUUCAACCCCUUUUCCUUCAUUUUCUUCAGAAUAUCAUCCUUUCGUACCUCCGGUAUGGGUUUCUUCUCCUCAUUUCUCCAUUCAUUUCGCAUACAUAUUUCUUUCUUUAACUCUUUUUUCCUUUUUUUCAUGUACUUUAUAUUUCUUUUUUUCUAAAUCAUACCAACUUCAACUCUUCACGAAAAAAACUUUGACUUUAACAGAUGUGUUAACAAAACAAAACAAAGCGUCAAAA